UAGUCACUCCCUCAUACGUUACGUAGCUUAAUUGAUAUCUUCUCCAUCGGGCAACGCUUCGCUUCGCACAGUUGAUCUCGUCCUUCUCUUACCUAUACAUUCUCUCUCUAGACUCAUUGCCCAUUCUGGAAUGGGCCCUUGAGUGAUCGCAUCACCGCCCAGAAUGACUUCGCGCCUGGUCCUGGUCAUCGGUGACCUGUUCAUCCCUGACAGAGCUCCCGAUCUCCCCACCAAGUUCAAGAAACUCUUGACCCCCGGCAAGAUCGGUCAGAUCCUCUGUCUCGGCAACUUGACUGAUCGCAACACAUUCGAGUUCCUCCGCCAAGUGGCGCCCGACCUACAAUUGGUCAAGGGUGAUUUCGAUGUCGAUUCCCCCAAUCUUCCUCUCUCGAAAGUCGUGACCCACGGUAGCCUGCGCAUCGGAUUUACUCAUGGCCACACGAUUAUUCCCCCGGGCGACGCGGAUGCCCUUUUGAUUGCCGCCCGUCAGAUGGACGUGGAUAUCCUGCUCUGGGGUGGCACCCACCGCUUCGAAGCUUUCGAGCUGGAGGGCCGCUUCUUCAUCAACCCUGGAAGCGCGACGGGUGCGAUGAGUACGGGAUAUUGGGCGGAAGGCGAUGAGCCCACCCCCAGUUUCUGUCUGAUGGAUAUUCAAGGAGAUGUUCUCGUGCUCUAUGUUUACCAGUUGAAGACGGACGCCAACGGGGUUGAGACGGUCGCGGUGGAGAAAGUAUCCUACCGCAAGAACAACAUUCCAUCUUCAUGAGUUGACGCUUCUAUCUAUUACCAUUGUACAUAAUCAUAGAUCAAACACGAU